AUGCCAAUAGAAUAUCCUGAAAUAUCAAAUGAAGCAAUUGCUUAUAUAUUUUAUGUCAAAGAAUGGAAUGAUGUCUCCUCUGUAACAAACGAUGUAAUUAAAAACUCAGUAUUCCUAUUCAAACUGACACAUAUGGACGAGCCUAGUGGUGGAAGUUCUAAAGUAGGAUGUCCUUAUUUUGUAUGUCCACUUGCUGGUAAUGAAAUAUUAAAUGCAUAUCAUAAGACAGUAAAUCUUGAAAACAACCAAUUUAUUUCGAAUCUUAAUUCAAACAUUCCUUCCAAAAGACAAAGACAUGUUACUACUCAAAUUGAGUACCUUGCAGCUAUUGCAGUGAAAUGCCCCUUUAAUAAUUAUCAAUGUGACAGAAAACCUUGUAUUAAAAAAUACAAAAUUCAUGGAACUGAUGAAUUUAGUGACUUUAUCAGCUGUGAUAGAUAUUCUUACCACCAAAAAGGUCAUUUAUCUUUACAAAUAAAACCUGGUGUUGGUAUCAAAUUAUUAAGAACAUUAUUUGGUAAUGAUGAACAUAUCUCUGAUAAAAACAAUGACACUAAUUGCACUACUAUUGUUUCUUCACACAUAUCUCAAGGAAUUCACAACCACCCACCGCCACCACCUAUCAAAGUUCCAUCAUUUAUAAAAGAUAAAUUGAAAGCUUUAAUCCAAGACUUAGAAUCUCAAAUUGUGGAAAUUAAGGCAAAUCAAUUAUUGACAGGUCAUUUAAUAAAAUCUGUUUUUGGAUCUGACUUCAUUGCAGAAGUCCAUUCUAGUGUAAACAAUAUAGAUAAAUUGAGAUAUAUGAUAAACUGUGUACAAAAAGAGAACAACCCCCAUGGACAAGGAUUGUUGGGACUUUUACAUGAUUAUACAACAAAUAAAAAUGGUUUAGAUUUAAAGGAUUAUAUUCAAAAUAUUAUUGAUCUUUCUUUCAAAAGGGUUCAUGGGAAUAUUAAUGAACUUGAAUUUAAUGCAUAUGAUGAAGGCCAUAAUAGUACAACAAAAAUUGCAUAUGCUAGAAUGUUUGAAGCUUUUUUUGAAGGCAUUAAUAAAUUAACAGGUGUCCAACCAAAUUUUAUCACAUUCAUAAAACUGGAUGGGCCUAUGUUUUGGCAUAUAUGGAUAUUGCUCAAGCUUGAGGACUUGGCAAAGCAUUGA